UAUGCUUGAGGAGGGAGCCGCUUCCCAUCGCUCUCACAGACCAGGCGCCAAGUGUAGCAGUCCCGUCCGCAGUCUGCCUCCUGCACCUCUGACGCCCGCUGUGCCCAUGGAUACUGCAGCCCCGCUCAUUUCCACACCGCACUGACUAACUGUAUCUCCCAACGAGGUACCCUGGAUAUUUACUUCUGGGCUGUUGUGUUCACUGUCCUGAGUCCUCUGCGCUGCGUGACGCGAAUGGAGAAGGUCCAAGGAUAACAGAGGGUGCAGGAUUUUGCUACUGCAGAAGACCUGCCGGUAGUUCGCUGCCCGCCUGUCUGUCAGAGGCUGUGGUGUCGCAUCCAAUAUUUUCAUUAUCUAAAUCGCCUUGCAUGGAUGCAUCAUGGCCACGUUUAUAUGCCGGGUACAGUUCUUAGAUGAUACUGAUCCAUUUAACAGCACCAAUUUCCCCGAGCCCACCAGGCCACCUCUGUACACUUUCAGGGAAGAUAUUCCUCUGAUAAAUCAGAUUGCUGGAGUCCACAGGCUUCUUAAAGCCCCGCAUAAGCCUGAUGACUGUGCCCUUCAGCUGUCCCACAAUGGCAGCUACCUGGACCUGGAGUCGACCCUGGCAGAGCAGAGGGAUGAACUGGAGGGAUUUCAGGAGGAAGGAGGAAGAGGCAAGAAACACAGCGUUAUUCUUCGAACACAGCUGUCCGUCAGAGUUCAUGCCUGCAUUGAAAAACUCUACAAUUCAACUGGACGUGAGCUGCGGAGAGCCCUCUUUUCCCUCAAGCAGAUUUUUCAGGAUGACAAAGACCUGGUGCACGAGUUUGUUGUGGCGGAAGGACUGACAUGUUUGAUAAAAGUGGGCGCUGAAGCCGACCAGAACUACCAGAAUUACAUCCUCAGGGCUCUCGGUCAGAUAAUGCUGUAUGUGGAUGGGAUGAACGGCCUCAUAUCUCACAAUGAAACGGUCCAGUGGCUUUACACCCUGGUCGGAUCCAAGUUCCGUCUGGUGGUGAAGACAGCCCUAAAGCUGCUGCUGGUGUUUGUGGAGUACACCGAGUCUAACGCCGUGCUGCUCAUAAAGGCUGUGAACAUUGUGGAUGCCAAAAGAGGCACAAAACUGUGGUCAAACGUCAUUGAGAUCCUGGAUGAGAAGGAUGGAGUGGAUACAGAGCUGCUGGUUUAUGCGAUGACACUUGUCAAUAAGACUCUGGCAGGCCUCCCAGAUCAGGACUCAUACUACGACAUGGUGGACUGUCUGGAGGAGCAGGGCAUCGAAGCCGUGGCCCAGAGACACCUGAGCAGGAAAGGCACUGACCUCGACCUGGUAGAACAGUUCAACAUCUACGAGAUAUCUCUCCGCCAUGAGGACGGAGACGAUGAUACCCAGUUGCCUCCCAGCGUCCGCAAGGACCGCCGGCGGGCCAGCGUUGGUGGCAACAACGAGAGGCGAGGCCUGGAGAGAAGACGCAGCCGGAGACAUUCGCUCCAAAAUAGCAGAGGCCACGCUUCUGCUCCAGCAUCACCCAGCAGCCCUCAUACUCACGCAAGCAGCUUCCUGCCCUUUGGUGGCCAACGUGUUGAAGACAUCAGUGAAAGAGAAGAGGAAGAGGAAGAGGAAGAAGAGAAGGAGGAAGGAGCAGAGGAGGAGGAGGAGGAGGGAGAGGAGGAGGAGGAAGGAGAGGAGGAGGAGGAGGACGAGGCAGAUGAUGAAAGUCAUCCAGUCACUGAGUCCUCUAGACAGGGCGCUCACAGUGUGGCUCCGGCUGUAGCAGACUCUCCUAACAUGUGUUUGAACUUAAAGUGUAUGGCCAACAUCCUCCCUAAUGCCAGUGACCAGCCAGGGCAGAGAGAAUAUCUCAGCGUCAAGACCAGGACAUCUCUUCCUGUGUCCGUCGCACCUAAAAAGAGGACCUUUAGUCCUCGGCGUGUUCCUCCCCAGCCACCUGACUGUGUCUUCCGUGUUGCUCUGAGUAGAGUGCCAGGCUCAGCACACCCUCAGUGUCAGUCUACCCCAGCCUCAACCCCCUUCCCUCCCCCUCCCCCUCCCCCUCGACCUCUCCCUCUGUCCCCUGACUUGAACCAGAGCCAGGUGUCUAUCGGGGCCGAGGAGAGUGAGAAGGGCCAGGACAGAGAAAGGCACUACAGUCUGACAGAUAUAAACAACUCUCCUACAUCUUACACAACUAGAAAGCCCUGCUGGGCUGACAGAAUCAGUGGCAAAGGCAGUCCAUACCCUGGCAGGCACCAGGCUCCUACAUCACCCAUCCAUCGCUUCACUAGUUCAGCAACCUCCACACCAGACUCCAAACCGGUUGACAGACCUGCUCUAGGGGGCUUGCUAACUUCAUCGUACAGACAGCAUCAAGAGUCUCUGGCUGUGGAGAGAGAGAGGAGACGCCUGGAAAGAGAAGAGCGUCUGCAGAGAAUUGAAAGAGAUGAGAGGAACCGCUUCAAUCGAGAUUAUGCAGACAAGAGGGAAGAAGCAAGGCAAGCCAGAGAGGAAAGGUACAAGGCUGUGGAGAGGCUAGCUGCAGAGGAGUUUGAGCGGGAGCGCCCCAGGGUGCCAUCGAGAGGACGGACAGAGAUUACUUUAUGUUUGAGUUCCAACCCUGCCAGCCGCUCUGCGUCCCGCUGUUCCACAACUCCAUCCAUUAUCUCACAGGAUGACACUGCACACCAGACGUCAGGAACAGAACAUAUCUCAGAGCCAAACCUUGACCCACAGACAAGAACCAAAAGUCCAGAGCCAGAGUUAACAGUAUCAGAACCUUCCCCCACACAUCCCUCCGAGCCAGACAAGCAGCAGACAGAGACAGAGCCGCCUGCAGAGACAGAGGAUGUUGCUGAGACUCCGUCCGACCAGAAUGUAGUGGCAGAGGCGACGUCAGAUGAAAAGUCAGGCAUGGAGAAAGAAGAGAGCCAAGAGCAGGAGAAGCUUGAGGAACAGACACAGUGCACGGAUGAGGUAGAAGUAGAAGAACAGGUAGAGGAGGCGGAGGUAGCAGACGUAGCAGGGGUGGGAGAGCCAGAUGUGGAGGUGAAUGUCGAGUUAGAGGAGGUGUUUGAGAAGGAGCAGCCGACGGAAAGGGAUGUAGAAGACGGUGUACUGCUUAGCGAGAAGGAGAGACAGAACGAGGAGGUGAAUGAAAAAGACAACUGCUCUGCAUCCAGCAUCUCCUCCACGAGUAGCACUCUGGAGAGGGAGGAGCGGGACGAGAAACUCACCAAUGACAUUGAAGCAGGUACGAUCGAUGCUAAUUUAAUUUACUUACUUUCUGAUUUCCAGAAUGGAGGCAUCUUACAGAAGGACAGAGAAGAAAAUGUGAAGAAGAUGGAGGUGGGACAUCUGGACAAGCAGGGCAGUGUCCGAGCAGUGGCGGAGAAGUUUGGAGAUUUGGUCAAAGGCCUAACGUGUCCUUCUGAGGUUGAGGUCUCAAAAGAGCAGCAGCAGACUGACAAAUCAGCAAGCGCUGCCUCAUCAAGCCUUCCCCCUAAGAAAGAGUCAGACUAUAUCUGGGAUCAGCUGAUGGCCACGCCCAGGGAGCUGCGGAUCAAAGAAAUGGACUUCACGGACCUGAGGGAUGAGGAUGACAUGGACAUUUUAGAUAUGGACAGUGUAAUGGGGUCGAGUGACCUGAUACCACCGCCUCCCCCUCCACCAUGCAAUGCUGCCCUGCCACCACCCCCACCCCUGUUUGGGUGCCCCCCUCCUCCUCCCAUCCUUGGCAAAAUGAUGCCCCCACCCCCACCAUUCAUGCCCCCAAUCCCUCCACCCUCCCCUCAGCUGAGUCGAGGGGAUAUGCCUCUCUUCCAAAAGAAAAAGAAGACCAUUCGUCUCUUCUGGAAUGAAGUGCGUCCCGUGGACUGGCAGUGUAAGAGUCAUAAAUUCUGUAAGGAGUCCCUCUGGUCCAAACUGGAGCCAGUUAAACUGGACACAUCCAAGCUGGAGCAGCUGUUUGAGUCCAAAUCCAAGGAGCUGCCUGUCACAAAGAAAGCAGCUGUUGAUGGCAAACGACAAGAAAUCAUAGUCCUGGAUUCAAAACGCAGCAAUGCUAUAAACAUUGGCUUGACUGUCUUACCUCCUCCUCGCACCAUUAAGACCGCUAUCCUCAACUUUGAUGAGUAUGCACUGAACAAGGAAGGCAUUGAGAAAAUCCUGACAAUGAUCCCCACAGAGGAGGAGAAGCAGAAGAUCCAGGAGGCUCAGCUGGUCAACCCUGAUAUUCCCCUGGGCAGCGCUGAGCAGUUCCUUCUCACCCUCUCCUCCAUCACAGAGCUGUCUGCUCGCCUGCAGCUGUGGGCAUUCAAGAUGGACUAUGAGCUUAUUGAGAAGGAAGUGGCAGAGCCUCUGCAGGACCUGAAGGAAGGGAUGGACCAGUUAGAGAAAAACAAGACACUCCGCCACAUCUUGACCACACUGCUGGCCAUUGGCAACUUCCUCAACGGCACUAAUGCUAAAGGCUUUGAGCUGAAUUACUUGGAAAAAGUCCCAGAGGUGAAGGACACGGUUCAUAAGCAGUCCCUGCUGCACCACGCCUGCUCCAUCGUGGUGGAGAAGUUUCCAGACAGCACUGACCUCUACUCUGAGAUAGGAGCCAUCACCCGCUUGACCAAGGUGGACUUUGACCAGCUUCAAGACAAUCUGGCCCAGAUGGAGCGUAGGUGCAAAGCAUCAUGGGAUCACCUCAAGGUCAUUGCGAAACAUGAGAUGAAACCAGCAUUGAAACAAAAAAUGUCAGACUUCCUCAAAGAUUGUGCAGAGAGAAUUAUUAUUCUGAAGAUUGUACAUCGAAGAAUACUCAACAGGUUCCAUGCCUUUCUGCUGUUCCUGGGCCAUCCGAUAUAUGCCAUACGUGAGGUUAGCAUUCAUCGAUUUAGCAAGAUCCUGAGUGAAUUUGCCCUGGAGUAUCGCACAACAAGAGAGCGCGUGCUACAACAGAAACAGAAGAGGGCCAACCACAGAGAGAGGAACAAGACCAGGGGGAAAAUGAUAACAGAUAGUGAGGAUGAAGAUGGUAGUGAGAGUGGUAAAUUUGGCGGUGGCCCAUCAGACGCACAGGACAGCCAGCCUCAGGGUAUCCAGUAUGCUGAAGAUGCAGCUGAACAUGAGAACAUGAAGGCCGUGCUAAAGAGUAGCCUGCAGGACGGAGAGAGCGUGACGUCCACGGUGCCAGGCCUCCGUACACGCACCAGAGCCAAAAGCACCCGAGGGUGUGUUCCCCCAUGGUGCUCUGCCAGUGACGACCCAGUGAACUGCACAGAUGAUACAGCUGAUGAGAUCAUGGAGAGGAUUGUUAGGUCAGCCACUCAGGGGCCCAGCCAGCGGACGCAACCUCGGGAGAGGAGGCGGUCCCGAGCCAACCGAAAAUCAUUGAGGAGGACACUGAAGAAUGGUUUGACAACAGAGGAGGCAAAUGCUCUCGGCUUGUCCAGUGGUUCAGAGAUGCAGGUGUGAGGUGGACAUAAGGACGUCUGGGAACCCUUUCACUGCCCCUCCAAUUCCUACUCCUAACCUGGCAACCCACUCCACUCUGGCUUGGCACUAAAAUCCC